UUGUGGUUCUCGAAUUUCUUCGAGGUCUACCUUUCUCCCACUAGAAAUAGCAGAGAGAAACUCCUUCUCAAGGAAGGUUCCGUUCCGAGCAACAAAGAUUUUGUUAUCGGUCGGAUGAUAGAACUCAUACCCUUUCGUUUCCUUAGGGUAUCCCACAAAUUUACACCUGUCAGAUUUGGAAUCUAGCUUACCAGACGUCAUGAGGCGUCUAACGUAAACAUCACAACCCCAAAUCCUCAAAAUUAGAGGGGACAACUACUCACCUCUAAAUGAAGGGGUUGAUAGACCGAUGGAACGAGAUGAACAAACGGUUGACAAUGUUGAACGACGAAUGGUUUCUCGUGGACACCUCCUUCCCCUCUCCCCUUCCUUCCUCCUCGUCUCAAUGCCGGAACACCGCGUUUGCUACUGCUGCUUGGCCGAAUACAAUGGAGAAGAUGAGAGAGUGGGGGAGUUAUGGAGUGGGGGGUUACAAAAUGUGGUAGUGAAAUGGAGGGUGAAGGGGCUUAUAUUAAAAAAAGGAGUAAUGAAGAGUAAUGAUGAGGAAUGAAUAUGGGGAGAGGAA